AUGGUGCCGUUACUUGUAAUUGAAAAUGAGUUGAAGCAACAACUUGACACAAAAAUUGCCUGUAACCUGAAAAUAUGUCCCAACAUUGAGCCUUUCUCAUUUGAACAGAACAAACAAAGAUUUGUAAAAAUAAAUUUUUCAGGGUUUAAGAAGAUACAUGUAAAAAAAAUUCAUUAUUUUUUUUAUAGGAAGAAUUAUCCAUCGAACACCAUUAUACACCACCAGAUCGGCCGAGGACCUUAUGCUCCAAGUAAAACACCGUUUGCCGUGAAGCUGGAGACCUAUUUACGGAUGACAAAAGUCCCAUUUUUGAAUGAACAUGAUAGUCUGGCCAACAGAAGUUCCAAAGGGAAAUUGACCUGGAUAGAAUAUAAUGGACAAGAAGUAGCAGACUCAGAAUUCUGUAUCCAGUUUAUAAACAAAACAUUCAACAUUGAUCUGGACAAGAACUUCUCUGAUGAGGAAAUCGGGGCAGGUAGAGCCAUUCAAAGGAUGGUAGAUGAACAUCUGUAUUGGACUAUAGCUCUAGUACGCUGGGUGUUUGACCCCAAGCAUGGAAUUGAUGUCGGAAGACAGCUGGGUGUUUCCCGGUUCGAGUCUCUUAGACUCAAAAACUUAGCGAAGAAACUAAGCUACGCACAAGGAGUAGGCAGACACACCGAGGAAGAGGUGCUUCAAGUGAUGGAUGAAGAUCUACAGGCCCUAUCAAAGUUCCUGGGUAAAAAGAAGUUUAUGUUGGGUGAACAAGCCAGUCAGACUGAUUGUGCCGUGUUUGGAAUGUUAUCUCAGAUUCACUGGCAAGCCUGUGGGGGUGCAUCAGAGAAGUUGUACAAAAAAUAUCCCAAUUUGAUUGCAUACUGUGAAGAGAUGAAGGCAGAGUUCUGGCCAGACUGAGACGAUUGUAUAACCCACGGUUGGACAAGGAAAGCUUCUAAAUGAUCAAAUGUUGCAACACUGCAUUAAGAUAAAAGACUAAGGACAGUUUUGAAGCUCUGUAUUCACGUGCUUACAAUUUUGAUUUUCUGUUACCUUUUCAUUACAAAUCCGACAAUCUUUUGCGUUUGUGCCGAUGCUUUUAUUAAAGCAUCAUGAGCAUGUUUUUAUACAUGUAGUUAAACACUUUUCUAGAAUUGACUGAAUCGUAAAUUUAAGAUUUAUAUUUAGAUGGUACGAGUUCACAAAUACGAUCAAUUCAUUACACUCGAAUGAUCAGCGCUUAAAUCCGUACCAAAAUGAAAAGAAGCAACACAGUGACUGCUUUUCGGAGGACAUUUUGGGUAAAGGGAAAAGUAAAUUGAUAUAGUGCUACAUAAUUUCAAAACAAGCAAUAAAAACAUAUGGAAAUCAC